CAUUUACUGGAUAAGUGUCUCACUUGUUACCUCUUUGCCCUAUCAUAGCAGUCACCAAUCGUCACAAACCCUCACAAAGAAGGGCAACGAAGGUCCGUGGUUGAAAUGUUAUCGUAAAGAGCACACUUCGUUCUACGAAGCGAGACGACGGUGACGACGGGAGCAAGGACAAACGCCAUGUCGGCGGCUCAGAAUCAGUUUGAUGUCAUCGUCAUCGGGGCGGGGGUGGAGGGCAGCUCCUCGGCCUACAGUCUGGCCAAAGGUGGACAGCGGACACUGCUGCUGGAACAGUUCCCGCUGCCCCACAGCCGCGGCAGCUCUCAUGGCCAGAGCCGCAUCACGCGCUACUCUUACGACCAGCCCUUCUACACCCACAUGAUGCUGGACGCCUACCCCUUGUGGAGCACACUGGAGAAUGAGGCGGGUGUCAGCCUGUACAAGCAAUGCGGAACCCUUAUUUUGAGUGAGCCAGGUAGCGAGGUCCUCAGGGCUGUCGAGUCAUCCCUCAGGCAACACAGCGUACCCUUCCAGACCUUAUCGCCAGAAGAGCUACAGACACGAUAUCCCAUGAUGAGUUACUCUAAAAGUCGUGCUGCCAUUUUGGAUCCAAAGGGAGGCAUUCUUCGAGCAGAAAGAGCUGUUGCCGCUUAUCAGAGCGUGUUCAAGAGAAACGGAGGAGUGGUCAGAGAUAGUGAGAAAGUGAUAUGCAUCACCCCGGGUGCAUCUCAGGUGUCGGUACAAACAACAAGGGGGACCUACCUGGGGCGCAGUGUCGUCAUCGCUGCUGGCCCCUGGGCGGAUCAGCUUCUGCGACCUCUAGGGCUAGAGCUGCCCCUCAGGCCGAAGCGCGUUGCUGUGCUUUACUGGCAAGAAACCGAAAAAGGCAUUUAUUCCAGUGACACCUUCCCAUGUAUGAUCGACGAGGCAGUGUCACCGAACUUCUAUGCCUUACCCAGCGAGGAGUACCCUGGGUAUGUCAAGGUAGCCCUUCACACCGGCCCUGAUACAGACCCCGAUAAAAGAGAUCAGGUAGGCGACACCUGGGUACGGGAAACCGUCGCUGCUUACAUCCGCAAACAUCUGCCAAAACUUAGCGACAUGCCUGGCAUCCUUGAAACCUGCAUGUAUACAAACACCCCGGAUGACAACCCUAUCAUCGACAGACACCCCAAGUGGAAGAAUAUCAUCGUUGCUGCUGGAUUUUCGGGUCACGGGUUCAAGCUGGCUCCGGCUGUAGGCAAGGCUGUACGCGAGCUGGUCACAGGUUCUCCCUCGUCCUACAACAUGAUGCCCUUCAGAAUCAACCGCUUUGGGUCGACAUCCAAGCUCUGAUUCGACCACACCACUGGGAUAUCUAUUCCUUGCUUUGUUCUCUCAGACUUAAGGUCUUAUCUUAUCCCUGACCUGGGACUUCGGGGUUCCAAUUAUAAACCAGAUGUGCAGUCUGCAGGUUCACGUUUGCAAUUAUGAUGAUUAACUUGUGAUAGAUAAUAUAUACAAGAGGUGGGUUUCUGCGUUACCUAUCUUGAAAAUGGUAGUGACGUAUUCGGACACAAUUUUGAUAGAUCAGCUAUCCAGAAAGUACGAUUGAUAUGCUGAUUAAAUGUGUUUGUAUGUUUCGUACGUCACAUCACUACAGCGUAAAGUCAGUAGAUGUCAAGGUAAUGAUUAUCAUGAGUGCAAUUUCAUCAUAGAAUGAUAAGAUGCUCGUCUGCGACUACUACUGUACCAACAUGUCUCAUGCCGUCUCGGUUACAGUAUACACCACGGUUUCGGUAAUCAGACACUAAACAAAACGAAACUUCUAUUUGAGAGGAGAUACUUUACUGGGCUGUUCCACUAAAUCUUACCAAAUGAUGCCUGCUGUACUCUGCUUAAGCUAUAUUUUGUUAGUGAAGAUAGAAAUAAAAAAAAUGACUUGGCCUUUUGCUGGUAAA